GCAGCUGCUAUAAAUGGCUUGAGCAUCUUUCAACAAAGCAACACAACGUUUUCUGUUCAAUAGAGAUGUGGUCAAAAUCUCUUCAGAUUGUUCUCUUGAUUGCAAUUUUCUCUGCAACUGUUCAAGGAUGCUUCGAUUCUUCAGACUGCAAAUUUGGAACCUGUGACAUGGUCACACACAGUUGUACCGCUGGUUUUGCACCGAUUCAACGAGACGAUGAAGAAUUUUCAAGUCACAGAGGGCAUCGCUUCCGGGGAAGACAAACGAAGAGCUCAUCACAAAUUUGCAUUUUCCCGUUCAUUUGUAUUCCAUGAAAUGUGUUCUAACUUUUGAAUUGAAUAAAUUGUUCUGGCAAU